AAACAGUUGGGUCUUUUUGUUCGUGAUCUCUCUACGACAUCCCAAGUACGGCAGCGAAUUCGCCAAUUGGUCGUAUCCCUACGACACAACCUCCAACUGACCCUUCGCAAUGGCUCGAGGAGAGCUCUCGCGAGGCCUAUGGAGGGCCUUCGACUCGCUCGGUGCACUUUCGAGGCCGCAAUGCCAGUCACCUCUACGCACAUCUACUCCCAGGCGAAUCCAACCCUCGACGACUGCUCGAUGCAUCACCACGUCCACACCGCGAGCUGUAGAGCCCACAUCUGACAAGCCAGAAGUCCUUGAAAAGUUCACUGCCGCACCGGAGAUUGAGAUUGAGCUCGAGCUCGAGCUUGAGGACCGUCCGGCUAGAAAAACAGGCCGAAGCGAUGCGGACAAGAAAUUCAGGAAUGACAAGAGUAAACUUGCGAAGUUGCGCGUUGUGCCGGCAUCGCCCUCAUAUUUCAGCGCGAAGCCUACUUUCACCGACGACGUCAUCAAUCUAUUAGCACUGCUCCGCAAGGUCGCAACGCUGCCAACAGUGACACCCGCAGAAGCACCAAAGGUGGCUUGGAAAACGAUCGAUCAGUACCGAAUCAUGACCAACGAGCCGGUCAAGACCCAACGAUUUCACAAGAUGCUGCACUUGCUGCGGAGGUUGAACUGUGUGCAUCCAUCAUUAAUGCCUCAAGAGGUCUUGGACGCCAUGAAGCGCUACAAGAAGGAUUCACAACCGGGAGAUAUCGUGCCCAGCCCAGGUGUCAUUGAUGAGCUAGGCAGGGCAAAAGGCGUUGGGCGCAGGAAGACUUCAUCGGCUACCGCUUAUGUGAUAGAAGGGGAGGGCGAGGUUCUAGUCAACGGCAAGUCACUGACCGAAUUCUUUGGCCGUUUACACGAUCGAGAGAGCGCUGUAUGGGCAUUGAAGGCCACUCAACGGCUCGAUAAAUACAAUGUCUUUGCAUUGGUCAAUGGUGGUGGUGUGACUGGACAGGCGGAGGCCAUAACAUUAGCAGUUGCAAAGGCUUUGCUGGUGCAUGAGCCGGCCUUGAAGCCUGCUCUCCGACGUGCUGGCUGUGUUACCCGCGAUCCAAGGAAGGUGGAGAGGAAGAAGCCCGGCCAUAUCAAGGCGCGCAAGAUGCCUACCUGGGUCAAGCGUUAAGCGCUUCGGCGUUGUUGUAUAUUACCCUGUGUCUUGUCUCAUGUAUAUCACGCCAUAGUCCUUACAUUACAUAGCGAGGAAUCCGAAGUAAAAUCCUUUCAGCGUAUUGGACAUAAUUGACUUCGAGAACCCCAACUUGACGGAUCGGAAGUGCUCCGAGGCGGCGAAAGAUUGCGACAGAUGCACAAGGCCCUCUAACUGAUCUCCUGGUCCCUGUACCACUUUUGACCGUACAGCAUUUGAACUGUAUCUUGCAUACUCUGAUACACCAGACUUGUAUGAUCAUUUGACUACCAUGAAGAAGACGUCAGCCGCUCGAUAAAGUCCAGCAGAUCGUGGUAGUUAUGCAUGACUAGAACAUUGCGGUAGACGAUAGCC